CUCGAGCCUUGCGACACCAUCAUCCACCGCGCCGCACAGCCACUGCUCACAAUGGCGGACCAAGAUCACUCACGCGAGGUCUCUCGCCUAUGGCGCGUCCUCCGAACUACGAAGCAAAUGUGCCAGGACCGAGGCUACGAGUUGACCGACGAAGAGUGCAACAUCUCCCUCGACGAAUUCCGAAACGAGUACACCGAACAAGAUGGCUCGCCCAGUCGCGCCAAAAUGGCCUUCACUGCCCGACCCUCAGACGCCAUGAUCAAACGCUACACGCCGCUCCCACGACCCGGCCAGCCCGAACGAGAACCCGAAAUCGGAACGAUUCACGUCGAGUUCUUCAACGAGCCCUCGGUCGGCAUCAAGCAGCUUAAGGGAUUCGUUCAAACCCUAUCAGAGAAAAACUACUACACGGGAGUCUACGUUACCGCUGUCGCUCCCACAUCUGCUGCGAAUAAGAUCAUUCCUAGCGUCCUGCCGACCAUCUUGGAGAUUUUCAAGGAGGAGGAUCUGCUUGUCAACAUUUCGAAACAUGAGUUGGUGCCGAAGCAUCUUCUGCUAUCACCGGAAGAGAAGCAGGGUCUGCUGGUGCGAUAUCGUUUGAAAGAUACACAGCUCCCGCGAAUCAGGUCUGAGGAUCCCAUGGCAAAAUAUCUCGCUCUACGGCGCGGCCAGGUGGUCAAGAUCAUCAGGAAGUCAGAAACCGCCGGGCGGUAUGCUUCAUACAGAACUGUGGUUUGAGAGGCCUAGGGAUUUGGGACACAAAAGUUUUACGAGCGCGCAGAAAUAUGCACGAGAGGUCAAAGCAUAGCGGGGCGUUGAGUGCUUCAUGUAAGAGUAAGGUGACAACUUCAGCGGGCGGCUUUAGUCAAGCAUAGCAAAACUGCACUGCACCACUUGCCAGAGCUCGUCUCGUGCUCAGGGGGAAGUGCCGGCUGCCACGUUGCUCAGGGCGAUGCCGAUUCGCGUGUCGCCUUAGAAAUGCGACAAAUAGUCGAGAGUCGACGUGAAUAUCCCAGGCACAGUGGACGGGCUCGUUGGGUAGCAUAGACUAGGCGUCAAGAUGCAGAUAGAGCUUCAUGAUUUGGCUUCAGAGGUUCAAAAUCAACCACAUUUCGCGUAGCUUCCAA